AUUAAGGCACUCAGAAUAAUUUCGAUUUUGAGAACAAAGGUUUGAAAACAACACAAGAAGAUAACAAUAGCAAGACUGGGCAGUGUUAAUAUUACGGAUGCGGUUGCUUGCCAGCCUACAAGGACAAAAAAUACAUGAUUUUGAGCUGUUGCGAUGCCAGCGGAUCAGAUUCAAUAUUCAGAAAAGUACUUUGAUGACAAAUUCGAAUACAGGCAUGUUAUUCUGCCUGCGGAUUUGGCAAAGCAUGUACCAAAAGCGCACUUGAUGACUGAGACAGAAUGGAGAAACCUUGGCGUACAGCAAAGUCCCGGCUGGGUCCACUACAUGGUUCAUGCACCAGAGCCACACGUAAUACUAUUCCGCCGGAAGCGCGUCGAGGAGGAAAACGCGCCACAGGUGGCAUCUGCACCACGUUCCCAAAGCACCGGCCUCGCAGGUGUGCGCGGUUAAUCAAGGAUGGCCAUGAACUCACCAUCGCUUAUGCAGUAUUUCAUAAGUCAGCAUCAGGUAUCCUGAUGUAAAACUAUCGUAAAUAGCUUUAGGAUAAGUUAAGCUGCUAAGUUCAAAGAUUCAAAGACAACUCAGAGUAACUUGUUGGAGAUAUAUCAAUUUCAUUAAGUUUAUUACCUAUUAUUAAAUACAAAAAUAAGCGUACGCCAUGUGUACAGAUAGUGUAAAAUCAUUAA